AUUUGGAUAAAAGAACAUAUAAAUCAAGAAGGAUUGGUCGAAUAGUCAAUGGAUAUUCCAUGGCGAUUCCUGUCCAGAAUGUAUGUUUAUGAUACCGAAAUCAACGGAGUAAAGGUCAAGGCAACACUGGCGAAACAAGAUGAAAUUGUGGAAAAAGAAUUAUCAGAACUAAAAAAGUCUCUGAUGCACACUGAUUUUCCAGUUGUGGGAGUUGAUUUCAAGUUUAGUAGGCGUUCAACAUUUGGGAGAGAUUUUGAUGGGUCCGCGCCUGAUAGAACCGAAUGGUUGCCUAGUUUACUUGUAUUGUACGUUAAAGGUCGUUGCUUAAUCAUUCAACUGGAUCACUUGUUUCCCUUGAGUCUUGCUCGUUUUCUCAAUGAUGAAAGCAUUUGCUUUGUUGGAAUCAAGAUCGAUUACCAUCUCAAAUCUCUGAAAGAACAUCAUCGGAGCUUGUGUAUUUCAAGUAAGGCGGGUGAUUUGACCAGAUAUGGAGCCGAUAUUCAAGAAUUGGCUGCUUGUGUUCUUAAGAAUCGAUCAUUGCUUUACUGUCCCGAGCUUAGUGAUUUAGCAAGGCGCAUUGAAUUUGAGAUACAAGACACUGAUGAAUCGACUGCAUCCCCUCCUGACUGGGGCGCCAUUGUUUUCACCGAGGAAGAAAUCAAAUAUGCCAUUCAGGACGCUCACAGUUGCUACUGUAUUGGAAAGAAGCUGCUUUAUACUCUAGCUUAAGUUGCCGAUUAGAUCAUCAGAUUCUGAGUGGGUGUCUCUUUCCCC